GCCGGGGAGGUUGGUCUCCUCUGUUUCUCAGUAUCAACCGUGGUCUCGCGUCUUGCGUACGCGCGUAUUCAAAUUCCUCCCACAUCUGGUCGGUCGGUCGUUCGGACGGUUGUGAUAAGUUCAAGACAAGAUUGUGUACUGCCAAUUUGGCACAGGACCCCCGGUGAUGACGCCACUCAAUAGCCUGGACAAAGGAUGACCUAGAUCCGGAGCGUUCGGCAAAACCGUGAAGAGCAGAGAUGCGACCCGUGGUUGUGUGUGCUGUUGUUGUUGUGGUGGAGUAAAGGUGUAAAAAUGCUGGAACCGGAGCACAGGGGUUAUAUAAUGAUGCAAUAAUAAUAUGUUACUCGCGAGUGACGGAUGAAAAAACACCGAUGUAUCGAGCGAAGCUCAAAGUGAUUGAAUUUCUUGGGAUGCCAAGAUGUGAUAAUAUAUACACAAAAAAGUGUUGCAUACGAGCAGUGCAAAGUACACUCGCAGAAACCCACAUCGUAACGAGUUUUUCGAGUGAGAUGAGACACACACCCAGCAACUCUGGAAAGGUUCUGAAGACAGCCAAACCGCUUCAACGCUUCGGCGCGUUCGCAAACACAAAGACGAGAGAAGGAGAAGCUUAGGAUUCAAAACGACACCCACAGUUACGGACUUCAUCAGAUAGUGUGAAAUAUGAUAGAUAUUCAACGGUUGAGCUGGAUAUGUUGCGUGUACGUACUGUUAAUUAGUGUGACAAUGCUGACGUCAAGUCGGGCAGUGGCUUAUCGGGUCGGGGUGGGACGCGCGGAUUGCACCGGACCGCCCGUUGAAAUUACCUUUAUGGGCUACGCGCAGCUAUCCCAGCGCGGUUACGGCAUCCACCUGCGUCAGUUUUCCCGCGCCUUCAUUUUCGACGAUGGCGUCAAGCGGGCGGUCUUCGUUAGCGUCGAUGCCGGAAUGAUGGCCCACGCUGUCAAGCGAGACGUUGUCGCAGUUCUGCAGCGGAAAUAUGGCGAUCUCUACUCGGUAGAUAACGUGGUCCUCAGUGGUUCCCACACCCACAGUACCGCGGGAGGUUUCCUCAUGUAUUUGUUGUACGACAUGACCUCGCUCGGGUUUGUCGCGGAGACCUUCAAUUCGUUGGUUCGAGGUAUUGCGCAGAGUAUUAUAAGGGCCCACAACAAUAUGGUCGAGGCGGAUGUUUACCUGGCGGAGAUCGAUGUGCUCGAUGCGAGCAUCAACCGGAGCCCCAGCGCAUAUGAUAAUAAUCCGGCGGAGGAGCGGGCGCAGUAUACGGAAAACGUGGACAAGAAAUUGGUUCAGUUGAGAGUGGUCGACAAACGCAACGCUGUGAUCGGUGCCAUAAACUGGUUUGCGGUUCAUCCGACUUCGAUGAACAACACCAACCGGUACGUUUCGAGUGAUAAUGUAGGUUAUGCGUCUGUCCUGCUGGAGCAGGACCAGAACAAGGGUAGUCUUAUUGGGAAGGGCGAUUUCGUGGGUGUGUUUGCGUCCAGCAAUCUGGGAGAUGUGUCGCCGAACAUCAUGGGACCGCGAUGUGAGAGAACUGGACUUCCCUGUGAUCUGCUGACAUCUUCCUGCCCCUCGGGAGCAGGCGCUUGCUUCGCCUCCGGUCCCGGGAAGGACAUGUAUGAUAGUACGAAGAUCAUCGCGACUCGGCUUUACACUGCUGCAUCGCAACUCCUAAACCAAGGUGGUGGAAGGCGACUUACCGGACCGGUGAACUUUAUCCAUCAGUAUGUCGACAUGCCCAGGGCCGAAGCGUCCUACCGCAACCCUAUAACUCGCGAAUCACAAACGGUGCGUGGUUGUCUACCCGCUAUGGGAUACAGUUUCGCUGCCGGAACCACCGAUGGACCGGGAGCGUUCGAUUUCACCCAGGGAACGGUCACCGAUAACGCUCUGUGGAACAUUGUGCGUGACUUCAUUGCCGAGCCCACGGCGGACGACAUCGAAUGUCAGGCGCCGAAGCCUAUUCUGCUCGCCACUGGACGGGCAACCUUCCCGUACGAUUGGCAGCCGAAGAUUGUCCCAACACAGAUUCUGACCAUCGGGAACCUCGCCAUCGCCGCCGUUCCAGGGGAAUUCACCACGAUGUCCGGCAGGCGGGUGCGCAGUGCUAUUUCCCAGGCUUCGGUGUCCGCCGGUGGUCCCGAACUGCAAGUGGUCAUCGCGGGCUUAUCGAACAUGUACACCAGCUACGUAGCCACUCCGGAGGAGUACGAGAUCCAACGUUACGAGGGAGCUUCAACCAUGUUCGGACCCCACACACUGACCAUCUACCUUCAGCAGUACGGCAAACUUAUGCGAGCGAUGGUUAACAAUGAGUCACUGGACGCUGGACCAUCCCCACCGCAUCUGGACGACAAGCAGAUAUCGCUCACGACGGGAGUCAUAUUCGAUGGGCACCCGAUUGGGCGAGAGUUUGGAACGGUACGUGUCCAACCGCUCAAUAGCUAUGAGCGCGGGGAUACUGUCUUCGCGACAUUCAUCGCGGGAAACCCGCGCAACAAUCUGAUGCACGAUCGAACAUUUUUCAACGUCGAACAGAAGCAACCGGACGGAAGCUGGACGGUAGUGGCCACCGAUGCCAACUGGGAGACGAAGUUCAAAUGGGAGCGCCAGUCGACGAUUCUUGGCUUGAGCGAUAUUGAAUUCGCGUGGGAAAUCGGACGAGAUGUGGUGUCCGGCACGUACCGCAUUCGGCAUUUUGGUUACUACCGGUUCAUUCUGGGUGGUGUAUUCCCGUACACCGGAUCGACCCGGACCUUUAUCGUGGAGUAAGCAGUGCAUUUUAAGAGGGAGAUACGAGCGAGUGCAGUGAAAUGCGAUGAAGUGAAAAUUCAGUUUUCAGUUUUCAGAUCCUUUUUUCGAGUCUAUUGGAAAUUCGAACCAAAAAACCUAGUCACCAGCAACUAUCUGUAGAGAGUAGUCAAUUAAGAGUUGUGCUACAAUUAUUAUAUUGUUGAGAGAUA